GUCUAUCUGAAGUACAAAUCUGUCAAUCACUAUUAUCAAUCACAGUAAAAAAAAACUUUAAGUAUCGCAAUGCCACCCAAAGGAAACUGAUUAUAUGUUGCACAAUAAAAUGUAAAACAAAACAAAAACCUGGAAGUUAGCAGUUACAGCUUGUUAGUGUAACCUUGCUUGUGUGUCAUUUGUGUUAGUGAUGAAACGCUGGCGUAUUCAAUGUCCCUCAAGAGGCUGUGGUAACCUAGCAACCUGAGUGUUUGCCUCCCUGCAGCAUCUACUGCUACCGGGGGGAUAUAGAGAGGUGUAAACAGGUGUGUGUGUGUGUGUUAAAGUACACAGGUUUCUCUAAACAGUAUUCUCUAACUUUGAGUGCACUUGUCAGCCUCAGGCAGCGAGUUCACCAGUACUCAAAGAGACUUAGAUCAAGACACAGAUAACAAUUAUCAUCAUCUUCCUGAAGAAUCUUUCCUCUCUGUGUCGGUCUCUUCAUUCUUCAGUCAAGCUUCCAUCUUUCUCCCAUGCAGCCUUCACCGUUUUUUCUUUGCUUUCCCUAAUUCACAGCAGACAGAGGAGUCUUACAACCACCUUGAGGAGUUUUCUCUCUCUCUCAACAACAGGAAUUGGGACUCUAUACCACAACAACCUCACCUUGGUAGGAGCGCAGUCACGCCAAACUAACACAGACAGGAGUGUGAGAGACCAAUUUCUGUCUAAGAAGGACCAAAGGAUUGUCAGACAAUAUUUUUCAUCACUGAAGAGCACAAAAAGACAGAAAAAGCCUGAGUGGGAGAACUACACAAACAGUCAAAACCAACCAAUGGAAUAAAAACCGGGGGAGGACACUACCAGGAGGAAUUCACUCUGACCAGUCGUCCAGAGGUGACUGUCAGCUUCCAGGAAGUAUCUCCAACACAACCUGAGGAAUACGGUCAACCAUUGUUAACUCAGCAUCUGUGUCUGUUAGUUCUGCCCCCUGAGAGGAAUUAAAAUGGCAACAAUAGCACUUGGACUCAAGUGAAACGUCUGGAGUAGCUGCUCUGGUCUGAUUAUUAACGCGUACUGCAAUCAUGUCUUCGAUACCAGCCAAGCUGAUCUGCAAACCAAGUCCAAAAGGGGAACAGUCUACUCUGACGUUGACCCUCGCCAUGUUAUUUUUUCUGAUAAGCAAACAAAUGGGAAAACAAUCCAAUUCCUUAUUCGUUGCCUUGAUGAAACUCCUGUUCAGACUUCUGAUAGACUACCUUGGAGGCAGUGCUGUCAGUUACUUUCUGAAGAUCUGAGGAAUUUUAUCACUCCUUUCUUUUCUAGAGGCUAGAGGAGCUUUACUCUGGCACUGGCACUUCACUGGAUAAAGCCAAGACAAAUGCAUAACUUAUAUAAUAAAACAUAGAUCUACAAGUAGUCAGAUUCUAACCCAUAGGUCUUUUUGGCUGCUUUUGCCCCAAUGCAGCACAAUAUCAACUGUAGUCAAACCAAGCUGAUACUGUUGCAAUCAGGCAGACCCAUGUAUGGUCAUGAGUGGGAAAGUCUCCUCUGAAGAGGUUUUCUUGCUCAAUGCCACUCCAGGACACCAAAAUGAGUUCAAGCAAAAGGGAAAAGAGAUGUUCCAGAGAACGCUGAGGAGGUGUUUGUUCGGCAUUUUCAAAGGGGCACAGUAUGCCAGCAAUAGAAGGACCACACCCUCCACUGACGCCUCGGCGCUCUGGUCAGAAAGCCACACCCGUCUGCACCAGCUCCAUCCACCAGAGUCCCUGCAGGCUCCGGCCAGCACUGGCAAGCCCGUUGGCUCAUCUUAUGGCCUCCUUGGGGCCAGUAGCGGCAUUCAGGGCGCCGGUGGCACUGGUACUGGUGUCAGCCCAGUCCUCGCUUGGCAUGCCGCCAUCAGCGCCGCCCGCCAAGCACAGGGCGAUACUGCAAAGCCUGACACGGGUUCACGGCCCUCAGUUUGCACCACUGGACCAGCUCCUGUAGGCUCACUGGCACAGAGGAAGAGGCAGCAGUAUGCCAAGAGCAAAAAACAGGGAGGAUCCACCAACAGCAGGCCACCCAGAGCUCUGUUCUGCCUCACCCUCAACAACCCGAUCCGCAGGGCCUGCAUCAGCCUGGUGGAGUGGAAACCAUUUGAUAUCUUUAUACUGCUGUCUAUUUUUGCCAACUGUGUGGCCUUAGCCAUCUACAUACCUUUCCCUGGAGACGAUUCCAAUUCUACCAACCAAGAACUGGAAACAGUAGAAUAUGCCUUCCUGAUCAUUUUCACUAUAGAGACAUUUCUGAAGAUUAUUGCCUACGGCCUGGUCAUGCACCAAAACUCAUACGUCAGAAACGGCUGGAACAUGCUGGACUUUGUAAUCGUCAUUGUGGGGUUGUUCAGUGUGGUUCUGGAGAUGAUAACCAAAGACGCUGACUCUGGGGGCCAGUCUGGAGGCAAACCUGGGGGGUUUGACGUCAAGGCCCUCCGAGCCUUUCGCGUACUACGACCCCUUCGCCUUGUCUCUGGAGUUCCCAGUUUACAGGUGGUUUUAAACUCCAUUAUUAAAGCCAUGGUUCCCCUGCUUCACAUUGCUCUGCUCGUCCUCUUCGUCAUUAUCAUCUACGCCAUCAUUGGCCUGGAACUCUUCAUUGGCAAAAUGCACGCCACAUGCUAUGUGAUAAAAACAGGUGCCCUUGCAGAAGAGGAGCCCACACCGUGUGCUGUAUCAGGGCACGGCCGUCAUUGUCUACUCAAUGGCACAGUUUGCAGAGAGUACUGGCAAGGCCCCAACAACGGCAUCACCAACUUCGACAAUUUUUUGUUUGCUAUGCUCACUGUGUUCCAGUGCAUCACCAUGGAGGGCUGGACUGAGGUUCUCUACUGGAUGAAUGAUGCAAUGGGCUUUGAGCUGCCUUGGGUUUACUUUGUCAGUCUGGUCAUCUUUGGAUCCUUUUUUGUACUCAACUUGGUUUUGGGUGUGUUGAGCGGAGAGUUUUCCAAAGAACGAGAGAAGGCCAAGGCUCGUGGAGACUUCCAGAAGCUACGUGAGAAACAGCAGUUAGAGGAAGACCUAAAGGGCUACCUGGACUGGAUCACCCAGGCCGAGGACAUCGACCCUGAGAACGAGGAGGAGGGAGAUGAGGAGGGCAAGCGUAACCCGAGCAUGCCGACUAGUGAGACAGAGUCGGUGAACACAGAUAAUCACAAUGGAGAGGAAGACAAAUCUCCCUGCUGCGGACCUCUGUGUCAAAAAAUAACUAAGUCAAAGUGCAGUCGUCAGUGGCGGCGGUGGAACCGAUUUUGCCGCAGGAAGUGUCGUGCAGCUGUGAAAUCAGUGACGUUCUAUUGGCUGGUCAUCAUCUUGGUGUUUCUCAACACUCUCACCAUCGCCUCUGAACACUACAACCAGCCAGACUGGCUCACUGAAGUACAGGACGUAGCCAACAAAGUUCUCCUGGCAAUGUUCACCUUGGAGAUGCUGGUAAAGAUGUAUAGUUUGGGGUUGCAGGCCUACUUUGUGUCCCUGUUUAACCGCUUCGACUGUUUCGUGGUGUGUGGAGGCAUCAUAGAGACCAUCCUGGUGGAGCUGGCCAUCAUGUCUCCCCUGGGCAUCUCUGUUUUCCGCUGCGUUCGGCUCCUACGGAUCUUCAAAGUUACACGUCAUUGGGCAUCUCUUAGUAACUUGGUGGCCUCUCUGCUCAACUCCAUGAAGUCUAUCGCCUCCCUGUUGCUGCUGCUCUUCCUCUUCAUCAUUAUUUUCUCCCUGCUGGGCAUGCAGCUCUUUGGGGGCAAGUUCAACUUUGAUGAGACUGUGACCAAGAGGAGCACGUUUGAUAACUUCCCCCAGGCCCUGCUCACUGUGUUCCAGAUCUUGACAGGAGAAGACUGGAAUACAGUGAUGUACGAUGGUAUCAUGGCGUACGGCGGGCCGGCCUCCUCUGGAAUGGUGGUCUGCAUUUACUUCAUCAUCCUCUUCAUCUGUGGAAAUUACAUCCUGCUAAAUGUCUUCUUGGCCAUUGCUGUUGACAACCUGGCAGACGCAGAGAGCCUCAACACAGCACAGAGGGAGGAAGAGGAGGCCAAGAAGAGGAAGAACAGUGCCAAGGAAAUAAGUACAGAUAAGAAGAGAGUUGAAAUAACAGAAGCCAAGGAUGGCGAGACCAAGAUGCCAACAGAGGGCUUGCUGGAAGAAGACAAAGAGUUGUAUCCUGCCAUCGACUCUCCAGUGUGUGAUGACGAUGAUAAUGAUGACCUCCCAGAAGUCCCCUCUGGACCCCGCCCCCAGAGGCUGUCUGAACUCAGCAUCAAAGAAAAGACUCCGCCCAUCCCAGAGGGCAGCGCCUUCUUCAUCUUCAGCAGCACUAACCCGUUUCGUGUAUUCUGCCACAAGCUGAUCAACCAUCAGAUCUUUACCAACCUCAUCCUGGUGUUCAUCAUGCUCAGCUCUGUUUCUUUGGCUGCCGAGGACCCCAUACGCAACUUCUCUGCUCGCAAUAUUAUCCUAGGCUAUGCAGACUAUGUCUUCACUAGUAUGUUUACAUUUGAGAUCCUUAUUAAGAUGACAGCAUUUGGAGCGUUCCUCCAUAAAGGGGCAUUCUGUAGAAACUACUUCAACCUAUUAGACCUGCUGGUCGUUGGUGUGUCUCUGGUGUCCUUUGGCAUUCAGUCCUCUGCUAUCUCUGUGGUGAAGAUUCUCCGUGUGUUGAGAGUCCUCCGCCCACUCAGGGCCAUCAACAGAGCGAAGGGACUCAAGCACGUGGUCCAGUGUGUGUUUGUGGCCAUCAGGACCAUUGGCAACAUCAUGAUCGUCACCACCCUGCUGCAGUUCAUGUUCGCUUGUAUCGGCGUGCAGCUCUUCAAGGGGAAAUUUUAUCGAUGCACAGAUGACGCAAAGUCCAGCCCAGAGGAGUGCAAAGGUACAUACAUUCUUUACAACAAUGGGGACACAGCACUGCCCAUGGUGAAGGAGAGGAUCUGGUACAACAGCGACUUCAACUUUGACAACGUCCUCAUGGCCAUGAUGGCUCUUUUUACUGUCUCCACCUUCGAGGGAUGGCCCACCCUGUUGUAUAAGGCCAUCGACUCCAACAGAGAGAACAUGGGCCCCAUCUACAACUACCGCGUCGAGAUCUCCAUCUUUUUCAUCAUCUACAUCAUCAUCAUCGCCUUCUUCAUGAUGAACAUCUUCGUUGGUUUCGUUAUUGUCACCUUCCAGGAGCAGGGGGAGAAAGAGUACAAGAAUUGCGAACUGGACAAGAACCAGCGUCAGUGUGUGGAAUAUGCUCUCAAAGCUCGUCCUCUGCGGCGCUACAUCCCCAAAAACCCCUACCAGUACAAGUUCUGGUAUGUGGUCAACUCCACUGGUUUUGAGUACGUCAUGUUUGUCCUGAUCAUCCUCAACACCUUGUGUCUGGCCAUACAGCACCAUGGUCAGUCUCAACUGUUCAACAAUGCCAUGGACAUCCUCAACAUGGUCUUCACUGGGGUUUUCACUGUGGAGAUGAUCCUCAAGCUCAUCGCCUUCAAACCCAGAGGCUAUGUCGGGGACGCCUGGAAUGUCUUCGAUGCUCUGGUGGUGAUUGGCAGUGUAGUCGACAUCAUACUCAGCCAGAACUAUUUUGCUGAUGCAUGGAACACGUUUGAUGCCUUAAUUGUUGUGGGUAGCGUGGUUGACAUUGCCAUCACUGAGAUCAAUUCGGCAGCCAUUCCUGUCGUCAAGGUGAUAGUGGAGCCAGGGAACACUGAGGACAGCGCUCGCAUCUCCAUCACAUUCUUCCGCCUGUUCAGGGUGAUGCGAUUGGUCAAACUGCUUAGCAGGGGGGAGGGCAUCAGGACUCUGCUGUGGACCUUCAUCAAGUCCUUCCAGGCUCUUCCCUAUGUUGCACUCCUGAUUGCCAUGUUGUUCUUCAUAUAUGCUGUAAUCGGAAUGCAGGUGUUUGGGAAAAUAGCCAUGGUGGAUGGAACACAAAUCAACCGCAACAACAACUUUCAAACCUUUCCUCAAGCUGUCCUGAUGCUCUUCAGGUGUGCGACAGGUGAGGCCUGGCAGGAGAUCAUGCUGGCCUGUCUGCCAGGGAAGCUGUGUGAUUCAGAGUCUGACUACAACCCUGGAGAAGAGAGAACCUGUGGCAGUGGUUUUGCCAUUAUCUACUUCAUCAGCUUCUACAUGCUCUGUGCUUUUCUGAUCAUCAACUUAUUUGUUGCUGUCAUCAUGGAUAACUUUGACUAUCUGACCCGUGAUUGGUCCAUUCUGGGGCCUCAUCACCUGGAUGAGUUUAAAAGGAUCUGGUCUGAAUAUGACCCUGAAGCCAAGGGCAGGAUCAAACACCUUGAUGUGGUGACUCUGCUGAGGAGGAUCCAGCCUCCACUGGGCUUCGGCAAGCUCUGCCCUCACAGGGUGGCCUGUAAGCGUCUUGUGGCAAUGAACAUGCCCUUGAACAGUGACGGGACUGUCAUGUUUAAUGCCACUUUGUUUGCUCUGGUCCGCACUGCUCUCAAGAUUAAGACUGAGGGUAACCUGGAGCAAGCCAAUGAGGAGCUCAGAGCUGUAAUCAAGAAGAUAUGGAAAAGGACCAGCAUGAAGCUGCUGGACCAAGUGGUGCCCCCUGCAGGCGAUGACGAGGUAACAGUGGGGAAGUUCUAUGCCACCUUCCUGAUACAGGACUACUUCAGGAAGUUCAAGAGGCGCAAAGAGCAAGGUCUUGUGGGAAGGCGCUCAUGGGAGAGGCUCAACACCACCAUGGCUCUACAAGCCGGCCUGCGCACGCUGCAUGACAUUGGACCAGAGAUCCGUCGAGCCAUAUCAUGUGACCUGCAGGAAGAAGGGCUAGUAGAUGCUAAUGCAGAAGAAGAAGAGGAAAUCUACAGGCGUAAUGGCGGUUUGUUUGGGAACCACAUCAAUCAUGUCAGUGGCGAUCAGCAAGGCUCCUCCCACCCGACCACCGUCACCCAACGCCCACUACAGAUCCUGCCCUUCUCCUGCAGCUCCUCGACUGAGCCUACCCAAACUGGCAGGAUAGCCAGCACCAAUGACAGGGAAGGAGAGACAGAGAUGAACUCUUCACCCAUCCAGUAUAAUCACCAUUAUCAUCCUCCUCACCCGUAUAAUUACCCUCACUGUAAUUCCACCUGCCAUCAAUCGCCAAUACCCUCUAAUGCCAACCUCAACAAUGCCAACGUGCCCUCGCUUCUCUCCAUGACCAGUGGGAGGCAGCAGAAAUGUUUGUUAAGGCGAGACCGCCCGUCCUCCACCAAAAAUGGAUCAUCAGCGUCCACAUACAGCAAAGGAGUGCACGAUAAGCCUUGGAGGUCACAUUCCACAAGAACACGCUACUAUGAGGCCUACAUUAGGUCAGAAAGCGGUGGUGGACUUUACCCCACCAUUCGUCGAGAGGAGCCGGGUGGCGGGGACAGUGAUGAUGAGCGAGGCUCAGGAGAGUACUACAGCGGAGAGGAGUUUCAUGAAGACGACAUCAUGCUCACAAGGGACAGGUUGUCUAACAAGAACCAAUGUGAUGCAGAGGGAGACUUUGACCCAGAGGUUUCUAGGAGCGACCACCAGCCUGAGAGUUACUAUGAUGAUGAUCAACAGCUGAUCUACCAAGACAGCAGGCGGUCACCCAGGAGAUGGUUUUUACCCUCACCUCAGGCCUCUAACAGACCAACAUUUAGUUUUGAGUGUCUUCGCAGAAGAAGUAGUCAGGAUGACGCUCCACCCUCUCCAUCCUGUACAGCUCUUCCUCUACACCUGGUGCAGCAACAGGUAAUGGCGGUGGCCGGCCUCGAUGCCAGCAGAAUUCACCGCCUCUCUCCAACGAGGUCACUGCGCUCCUGGGCCACACCUCCCGCUUCACCCAUCAGCCUCGACUGCUCGCCCUGCUACACACCGCUCAUACAGGUGGACUGGCGCAGUCCCGGCAGCGUUGGCAGCAUCCCCGGAGCAGUGAAGAGGAGUUCAUGGUAUACAGAUGGCCAGGACGGAUCUCCCAGCCGCAGCCACUCUCCGUCACGUCUGCAGUUACCUGCAGAGAGCUGCUCACACUUCCUGCAGAAGAGAGGCAGUGCCAACAGCCUGGUGGAGGCUGUGUUGAUCUCUGAGGGUCUGGGGAAAUACGCUAGAGACCCCAAGUUUGUGUCAGUGACCAAACACGAAAUCGCAGACGCUUGCGAGAUGACCAUUGACGAGAUGGAGAGCGCUGCCAGUAACCUCCUGAAUGGGAGUAUGGGUAAUGGUAGCAAUGGGGGUUCAGGGAGUGUCAGCUCGGACCCACACACCAGCCCGCAUCUUAGAGACCACAGUAUCCGUGACUACAGUGAUGAGGAGCCGUACGUGGCCGUGAAAUGUGAGGAGGACUUAACAGAUGAGAUGAUAUGCAUCACAUCACUAUAGCAGCGGCUCACACCGGAUUAUUUAGGUUUUUUCAAUUGAAUUUCUACUGCUGUUAGACACUGAGGGGACGUCUCUGCUCAAGUGAGUCCUGCAAUAGACAGAAAAUGUAAAACAUGGACGGAUAAGAGAACAAAGUGCCUUGUUUUCUCUUUCUGUGGAGUGGAAAAUGGAAAUGCCAGAGUAAUGAAAGAAACCUUUGGAUUUACAGAAAAGCUGAGAUUAAUUCAGCAAAUAUUGAAACCAGAGGGAAUCAUACUGCCAGCCCGCCUGUUAGCAAGAAUUCAUGACUUUCCUCUGAAGUUCUUUCUAUAUUUUAAAUAUUAACAUUGAUGUAAUACAGCAGAAUAACCUGGCAGCCUUGCAAAGCCGGCCCCAAAUCUCGUGAAGUUAGUUUUCCCAACAAUAUCCACUGAGGACCACCACUGAGUCCAGCAGCUAAAAUCCAAACAGCAUGGUAAGUGAUGGGCAUAAACAGAUCCAUGUGUUUGCUACACUAACACAAUAUGAAUUACACACUAGAUUUAUUUAGAAACAGAUUUUGCUCAUAAAAUUUAAGAGAAUUUUUCCAAAAACAUUUACCCCAUUGUUCUCCAGUUGGAAUGUCAGGGACAAACACCAGUGACAGGCCAGUGAGUAGUGUGCAGUGUUUGAGGAGGGUGAGCUGGCUUUACAAAGCUGCAUUUGUCCUGCUCCAAAAUGUGUCUGGCUGUCCGAUAAUUCCCGAAGAUUCCCUGUAUUCAACACAGUUUCAUUUCAUGUAUAUAUUAUGUGUGAUUUUAACCUUUCACUGGUCAUUAUAACAAAUGCAGUUUUGAUCUGCUGCUCGGCCUUCACGUUACAUUUUGGCCUCAGACACACACACACACACACACACACACACACACACAGUGUCAUAAAAACAUACAUAUAUAAUAAUAUUUUUGUAGGUUUAUUUCAACUCAUCAGGCUGAUCCAAAGCCAUUCCAGACAGUGGAGGCUGCUCUGGGUUCACAGUUCAGGGUUUCAGGUUUUAAACGUUGCUUUUGACUUGAAAAGGAAAUCACAUAUCAGUGGAAAAGACUUUGUCCUCAGGCAUAUCCUUCUGUUUUGUGUCUGUGCAUGCAUAAUUACACACAGACACACACACAGAAACAUGACACAAUCCCUUCUCCCCUCAUACCAUGGAAACAGAUACUAAAUCAGCAACUUAGCAUUUUAAUUACACUAUUUAAACUAGUUUGACCGCCAUUACAGUGUCAUAAACUUAUUUACCAUAGUGAUCAUGAACUUUUAUCAAAGCCCCUUGAAAACUGUGAGGAGAAACAAGAAUAUGCAGUGAUUCUCUUUGCUUACAUUUGCUUUAGGCUAUUUGAAUGAGAAGUUUGGAGAAAUUAGUGUUCACACUGAGAUCAUAACAACUGUUGAGGAAAAUGGAAAAAGUGCCAGCCAUAUGACACAUGGAGUGUAAUGUGUGUCACAUUUUAUGACUUUGACUGAUAAUAUAUGUUUUUGUAAUGAAACAAAGAUGAUCCAGAGAUUUGAGGCACAGUCAUCACAACAGUUUCAUCUGUCUGACAUCAGUCUUAGGUCAAAUCUGAGCAUUUUUACUUCAUCAUCAGCUGCUGAGCUUUGCUCUCAUGAGAUCAUAUGUCACAUUAAAAGGGGGUUCUCUCAGGCACCUAAGUGUUUCAUGAUGAGUCAGAUGAAGAAAACAAGAUCAAAACACAACACAGAGGUGUGACACAAGACACCACAACAGAAACGGAGACUUUAAAAAAAAAAGAUUUCCUGACAAUAUAUAGAUACGUAGAGAUAGAAUAUAUAGAUACGUAGUUUGUUCUUGGAGUGAAAUGAUUGGUGUGAGCUGUCACCUUUUAUUUGUGGGAUUCAUUUUUGUUCCAGCACCAGUUUGAGUGCACAAGAUGCCCAAAACAACUGCUUGUCUGAAGGGGACAGACACACAACCCGCUCGAAGGUGAAAAACAUCGAAGCUCAGCAGCAUUUCUCACUUAGUGUUCUGUAAAUUUGGCUCCACCACUAACCAGUGUUUGUCCGCCACUGUCAACUGUAACUGUCUUCAGGUCAGCUUUUAAAAACCAAUACUGGGUCGUGGCAGGACAAGCAUGUUGUUUCUUUUUUUUCAUUUUCCUCACUCUAAAAACUCUUGUCAGGGCAAUGUGUUCAAUCUGUGCAAUCAAAGGGCUCCUUCAAUAUAAAACCAAAACAAGGGAUCACUGAGUGCAUUUACACGCACAUCAACAUUUAAAUACUAUUCCAGAUACUUAUAUUUUUUUCCCCCCAUUUUUAAAUUGUUUCUGAGGUGUGCACCAUUUCUUGUGUACAGUGGUGCCAAAAGGCCUGAGCAUGAGUAAUGCAGAUGUCGAAAAGGCAGUUUGCUGUUGGGUGUUGUGGUGAUAGAGAUUAAAACUGAAACAGGAUAUGAGCUGGUAUCUGGAAUACUCUUCACAUGUACUGUCAAUGCACUCAUUUCUUCAUACAGACACAGGUUUCAGUGGCCACAAUAGCUGAUCAAUAUGACUUAUGCAUUUUCUAACUGCAUGUAAAUUGUGUUUAAUUAAGACGUUUAACAAAUAUUAUUGUUAUUACCUCGGUACCUAUCCAGGUGUGUCGAUUUAAAUGUCAGGGAAACUGUGUGGCAAUGGCUGCAUUUGCACAAAAUGAAAAAUCUAAAGUAGUAAUGAUGUGAAACAUUUUCAUAUACAUAAUUUUCUGUUGUGAUAGAUCUGAUUGGCCACCUCAGGUGUCCCAAAAUUCCAAGGUAUGGUGGGUUAAAGACUAUCUGAGCAGCAGACUCAGACCUCCAAAAACCCCAAAGGCAGGAAGGUCAUGUCAGUGUUUGAUUGACAGGUGAUUUCUGGAACGUGUAGCACUGAAAUCUGAGCAGCCAUCAUCCGAAAAGUAACAAGAAUCACACACAAAAUCACACAUGUACCACUUUCAAAUCUCUUCAUUUUGUGUCAGUACAGCCUGCAGAGAAUCUGUUUUACUGUUUUGGAGUCUAAUGACUUUUUAAAAGAGAUUUUAGAGUAGGCAGGAGCACUUCAAAAGCCAUAUUACACACAUGCUGUAAGUAGAAAUAUGCUUCUUAAUUUUUUUUGCUGCAUAUCCCUCUGAAACACAUUUCUGAGUAGGUGAGCAGCUGAUAAAGCUCCCUGAAGAACACAGAGCUGCAGCAUCUUGGAUAAUCAGAUUGAUUUUCUGGUUGCUGGAUUAAACCCGUGAUGGUUUCUCUGAAUUAAGCCUUCCCGCUCAAAAGUCGGCCAUGUUUUCCUCCGCUUCUACAGCAGCUUCUGUCUGACAUUUACACAUUGAUGACAGUGAUGGGAAAUGCAGAUACUAAUUACUAGAUCAAUACUAAUUGUUUUAUUAAAAAUGAAUUUGUCUUUAAUGACAAGGUUUUACAAACAUCAAUGUUAUAAUAAAAUAACUGCAUAACUUUGUACAGUUCAUACCUUACUGAGUUGAUAAAACCAAACAUUGCUGCUCACAACAUGUCAGGAAUUCUGAGACUCCAGAUUAAAAAAAGAUAAAUAAAAAAUCUGCAGUCUAUUCACAGUCCAACUAUCCAAAGUUUUAUCAAUAGAAGCAUAGAGACAGAAAACAACACAAAGCUUUGUUGUGCUACUGACAGCUUUAUUUUUUGUACUGUUCCACUGCUUUACAGAUGUCUAUGAAAUGACAACAAUGUAUAAAAUCUGUACAGUGUUUGUAAAAAGUAAGUGAUGAACUUGAAGAUUUCUGCUUUCUACCCAUUUGUUGUAUGAAAAUUUAAAGAACAUAGCUCUAUCUACUUUGUAGCAUACAUACUAGUACCUUAGAGAUUUUGUACCAAUGAAAACAAAAACCCUGUUUUGUAUAUUUGAAUUCUCGCCUGAAAUGACAAUGAACCUGCUGAGGAUUUUUGUAAGGACCACUGAAUAAAGUCAUGAGGACAA